ACCGCGUCCUCCUCCCAUAGCUGAUCCCAGCAGCGGUGUGAGGAAAAGCGAGACCGCAUUCAAAGCGAAACUCUUUAAAACAAAGCAAACUUUCUGCUUACGGCUUCAUCUGAACGUCUAUAAACACAGACAGGGAUUAAAGGUGCACGUUUGGGACUUUUCUUCGCCUUCCGGUGUGUUGGUGAGUUUUAUUUUUGAGGGAAAUAAGCGAGGGGAGAAAAGUUUUCAGCAGGACGGGAAUUUUUUUUUUAAUCCUCCAUUUUGAAGCGCGUCACUCGAAUUGUUUAGGGUUUUUUUUGUUGUUGAACCUCCCGAGAACAUGACGGCCAUUAACACUCCCAACAUCAACUUCAAAUGGGACCCCAAGAGCCUGGAGAUCCGCACGCUGGCUGUGGAAAGACUCCUGGAGCCGCUCGUCACGCAGGUGACCACUCUGGUGAACUCGAGCAACAAGGGUCCGUCCAACAAAAAGAAGGGGCGCUCCAAAAAGGCGCACGUUCUGGCCGCCUCGGUGGAGAGCGCCACGCAGAACUUCCUGGAGAAGGGUGAGAAGAUCGCCAAGGAGAGCCAGUUUCUCAAAGAGGAGCUCACCGCCGCCGUGGAGGACGUCCGCAAGCAAGGAGAGUCCAUGCGUCAGGCCUCGGGCGAGUUUGCCGAAGACCCCUGCUCCUCGGUGAAGAGAGGGAACAUGGUGCGAGCGGCUCGCGCUCUCCUCUCAGCCGUCACACACCUGCUGGUGUUGGCCGACAUGUCCGACGUCUACCUGCUCCUUCUACAGCUCAAACUGGUGGAGGAAAACUUGGCGAAGGUGCGUAACGCGGGGACGGAGCAGGAUCUGGGCAUCCAGUACAAAGCUCUGAAGCCCGAAGUGGACAAACUCAACAUGAUGGCCGCCAAGAGACAGCAGGAGCUGAAGGACGUGCAGCACAAGGAGCAGAUGGCGGCGGCGCGCGGCGUGCUGCAGAGAAACGUUCCCCUGCUGUACACGGCGUCCCGCGCCUGCCUGCAGCACCCGGACGUGGCCGCCUACAAGGCCAACCGGGAGCUCAUCUACAAGCAGCUGCAGCAGGCCGUCUCGGGGAUCUCCAACACGGCUCAGGGCGUCAGCACCGAGGACUCCAGCCUGGGCCAGCACACCGGGCCGGGAGAGCUCGCCGGCGCGCUCAACAACUUCGACAAGCAGAUCAUCGUGGACCCCCUGAGCUUCAGCGAGGACCGCUUCCGUCCGUCGCUGGAGGAGCGCUUGGAGAGCAUCAUCAGCGGCGCCGCGCUCAUGGCCGACUCGUCCUGCACGCGCGACGACCGGCGCGAGCGCAUCGUGGCCGAGUGCAACUCCGUGCGCCAGGCGCUGCAGGACCUGCUCUCCGAGUACAUGGGCAACGCCGGACGCAAGGAGAGGAGCGACGCUCUGAACACGGCCAUCGACCGGAUGACCAAGAAGACCAGAGAUCUGCGCAGACAGCUGAGGAAGGCCGUGAUGGACCACGUGUCCGACUCGUUUUUGGAGACCAACGUUCCCCUGCUGGUCCUCAUCGAAGCCGCCAAAAACGGGAACGAGAAGGAGGUGAAGGACUACGCCCAGGUUUUCCGCGAGCACGCCAACAAGCUGAUCGAGGUCGCCAACUUGGCCUGCUCCAUCUCCAACAACGAGGAGGGCGUGAAGCUGGUGCGCAUGGCCGCCAUGCAGCUGGAGACCCUGUGUCCUCAGGUGAUUAAUGCAGCGCUGGCUCUGGCUGCCAAACCCAACAGCAAGGUGGCCCAAGAUAACAUGGAUCUGUUUAAGGAGCAGUGGGAGAAGCAGGUGCGCGUGCUCACGGACGCCGUCGACGACAUCACCUCCAUCGACGACUUCCUGUCUGUAUCCGAGAACCACAUCCUGGAGGACGUGAACAAGUGUGUGAUCGCUCUGCAGGAGAGGGACGUGGACGGGCUGGACCGCACGGCCGGUGCCAUCAGAGGACGAGCCGCCCGCGUCGUCCACGUCGUCACCUCGGAGAUGGACAACUACGAGCCCGGGGUGUACACCGAGAAAGUUCUGGAAGCCACUAAACUCCUGACCGAUACAGUGAUGCCACGCUUCACCGAGCAGGUGGAAGCAGCAGUGGAGGCUCUGAGCGCGAACUCUCAGCCAGUGGACGAGAACGAGUUCAUCGACGCGUCCCGUCUGGUGUACGACGGCGUGAGGGACAUCAGGAAGGCCGUGCUCAUGAUCCGGACCCCCGAGGAGCUGGACGACUCCGACUUCGAGACCGAGGACUUCGACGCUCGCAGCAGGACCAGCGUGCAGACGGAGGACGAUCAGCUCAUCGCCGGACAGAGCGCACGGGCCAUCAUGGCUCAGCUGCCUCAGGAGCAGAAGGCGAAAAUUGCAGAGCAAGUGGCCAGCUUCCAGGAGGAGAAGAGCAAACUGGACGCCGAGGUCUCAAAGUGGGACGACAGCGGCAAUGACAUCAUCGUUCUGGCCAAGCAGAUGUGCAUGAUCAUGAUGGAGAUGACUGACUUCACCAGAGGAAAAGGGCCGCUGAAGAACACCUCGGACGUCAUCAGCGCCGCUAAGAAGAUCGCCGAGGCCGGGUCUAGAAUGGACAAGCUGGGACGUACCAUCGCCGAUCAAUGUCCCGACUCGACGUGUAAGCAGGACCUGUUGGCCUACCUGCAGCGUAUCGCUCUCUACUGCCACCAGCUCAACAUCUGCAGCAAGGUGAAGGCCGAAGUGCAGAACCUGGGCGGAGAGCUCGUCGUGUCCGGGCUGGACAGCGCCAUGUCUCUGAUCCAAGCAGCCAAGAACCUGAUGAAUGCCGUGGUGUCCACCGUGAAGGCCUCGUACGUGGCCUCCACCAAGUACCAGAAGUCCCAGGGCAUGCAGAACCUCAACAUGCCGGCCAUCUCCUGGAAGAUGAAGGCUCCCGAGAAGAAGCCUCUGGUGAAGCGUGAGAAGCAGGACGACGGCCAGACCAACAGGGUGAAGAGAUCGUCUCAGAAGAAGCACAUCAACCCGGUGCAGGCUCUGAGCGAAUUCAAGGCCAUGGAUAGCAUCUAAGCAGCACCGUAACCCCGUACUCGCGCAGUCCUGACCCGCACUGUGCUCAGAUAUGGAAAAUUUGAUAUAACUCACACUCUCUCUCUCUCUCUCUCUCUCUCUCUCUCUCACACACACACACCUGAUUCAUCUCAUUCCCACACCCCCACUCGGGUAAUGAGCCGACUGAGGCGUGUCAAAGCCGUGCAGGACGGCUCGCGUUAAACCACUGCUGUAGAUUCAUCCGUGUGGGCUGCUUUUUUAUUCCACAGAUCAUUCCUCUGCGUUAGAACCCCACAGACCCGCUUCCUCCUGCGUCUAUUUAUUCCACACGAUCGUCUCCGUACGCUUAUACGCCAGUCUCGCCUUUCACGCAGGUACGAGGAGGAAGGAAAAAAAAACAAAAAAAACGGAUGAGGGAACUUCUUAAACCUUCUAUUGUGUACUGAUUAUUUUCCUAAUUUGUUCAAAUGUUUUUAUUCAUUUUUUUUUUUUAUAUAUAUAUACACACACUUAGUUCCGCUCUGGCGUUCUUUGAUAUUUCGAGCCUUCUAACUGUUUCUAGUCUCAGAUCUAUGCAAGCUCAUAUUGCCUUACUCACUUAAUCACAUGCGAUAAUUCCAGAGCGUCCCGGCGGCCUGCUCUCGACCGGACGGGUUCUUACUUUCCAGACCAAAGUGUCCUGUGUUUCUAACUCGCGGGGGGGUUUUUUUUCUCUCUCUUGCGAAUAGUUUUAUAUUAACCGUCGAUUUAAAAACAUUAAGGAGCUUAUGAAACAUCGGUAUAUGUGCCGGAUUUUUUAAAAAUCGACCUGAAAUCGUCGCUUACGCUAGAACUUUAACCGUGCGCGUUUUUACUCCGUUUCCUCCCGACCUGUCGUUUUUUUUGACCGUUGUUUAAAUUCCGGAGCGUCGUUCUUUUCCUCGCCGACAAAAACCGCCACGAACGCUCGAGCGAGGUCGAAGUCGAUCCCCGAGAGCCACCGAGCACCGUCGAUCUUAAACGACUGCAUCCACUUAGAAAUUGGCCUCCGAAUCACCGCUCUACCCAUCAGCAUCCCCCUCACACACACACACACACACACACGCACACGCACACGUGCGCACACCGAUGCAUCGAGCUUCUCAGUGUAUUAAACGCAUAACGAAACCUAAAUCUCUCCCUGUGGCUUUGACUCUAAUGCUCAGUUCUGGCUUUGUUUACGGUGUUAUUGUUUCUAAUGAGUAAUAUCCUCGUCUCGACUUCAUUUCUCGCGACGGUGGGGGAUAUAGCAUCUCGCUCGAAGCGUGUGACCGGGGUCAACACCGCAACACGGAGGGAGAGGAGUUUUCACAUCGGCGAAAGCGGCGAAGGGGAAAGCGUCUGCCGCGCCCGAGCGCGUCUGUAAUGAAAUAAAGGAAUAUUUGUGCGGUUUGAGUAGAAGUGACUCGAGAGAAGGUUAAAGGACGUGCGAUUAGUCUGUGCUUAAAUUCCAUUUGCAACUUGAUUAAAAUAACGUUCUGCGUCUUUACGCUUCGAUCGGAUUGGUUUCGAGUUGCUUUUUUUAUAUAUACACACACACUACACACACACUACACACCUAUACGCGUUAGUGUUCCUGCUUUGCUGUGAACAAAUUUGAUCAUUUGAUUUAUUUUUUUUUGUCAUACAGGUUGUAUCUUCUUUAAUUAAAACAAAAUAAUAAACUAUAUUCAAUGGCAA